AUGAGCCAAAUUCUGUUGAAGGAAGAAGAAAUAAAAACAGAAGUGGAUAUAAUAGAUGGGUGGUGUUACACGACACAGAUUCAAAUUGUGAAAACAGAGCUAGACGACACUGUGAAUGUAGAAAAAUCAUGUACAUGCAAUGAGUGUAAUAAAUCGUUUGCCACUAAAAAGGAAAUUGCCCAUCACUUAACAAAAACACACAAUAAUUUAUAUUCAACACCAAAGAACUGUCUCCCAACAGAAUUUCAAAAAAAUCACCAAACGUCAAUACAAAAUGGUAUGAAAUACCAAUGUAAAGUGUCUGAUAAAUGUUUAAGUAGCACAUCUAAUCUCAAUUACCAUCGGGCGGUUCAUAGUGAAGAGAGACCAUUUGCAUGCAGUAUUUGCGAUAAAACAUACAAACGGAACAAUGAGCUGACGGAUCAUGAGCGAGUGCAUACUGGCGAAAAACCGAGCCAUCGUAGAGUUCACACCGGAGUAACCCCAUAUAAAUGCAAUAUUUGUGAGAAG